CCGGGCUCUGCCGCUCUAGCCGGGGGCGGAGCCGGCUGUCCGUCGGCGGUGCCCGUCCCGUUGCCCAGGGAACGGGCUCCCGGCAGUCCCCGCGGCCCGGAGUCCAUCCCCACCUCCUCCGGCCCUGCCGGGCCGACGAGUCCGGAGGGGCUGCCGCGGGAGCCCCAGGUUUCCCCAGAUGCCGGCUAAAAUCCCUCGUCUUGCCUGAUGAUCAGCGGUGGAGACCUUGGCCAUGGCGUCUGUGUCGGAGCCUGUUACCUUCAGAGAGUUCUGCCCUCUGUACUACCUGCUCAAUGCCAUCCCCACGAAGAUCCAGAAGGGGUUCCGCUCGCUGGUGGUCUACCUCACGGCCCUCGACACCAACGGGGACUACAUCGCCGUGGGCAGCAGCAUCGGCAUGCUCUACCUGUACUGCCGGCGGCACGACCAGAUGAGGAAGUACAACUUCGAGGGGAAAACAGAGUCCAUCACGGUGGUGAAGCUGCUGAGCUGCUUCGAUGACCUGGUGGCUGCAGGCACAGCCUCUGGGAGGGUUGCAGUUUUCCAGCUUGUGUCCUCCUUGCCAGGGAGAAAUAAGCAGCUUCGGAGGUUUGACGUCACUGGCAUUCACAAAAAUAGCAUAACAGCUCUGGCUUGGAGCCCCAAUGGGAUGAAACUGUUCUCCGGAGAUGAUAAAGGGAAAAUCGUCUAUUCUUCUCUGGAUCUAGAUCAGGGCGUCUGCCACUCGCACCUGGUGCUGGAGGAGCCAGCCUCCAUCGUGCAGCUGGACUACAGCCAGAAGGUGUUGCUGGUCUCCACGCUGCAGAGGAGCCUGCUGUUCUACACCGAGGAGCGCUCUGUCCAGCAGGUCGGGACACAGCCGAGGAAAAGCACUGGGAAGUUUGGUGCCUGCUUUAUACCAGGACUCUGUAAGCAAAGUGAUCUAACCUUGUACGCGUCCCGGCCUGGGCUCCGGCUGUGGAAGGCCGACAUCCACGGGACUGUCCAGGCCACGUUUAUCCUAAAAGAUGUCUUCGCCGGAGGAGUCAAGCCUUUCGAGCUUUACCCGCGCCUGGACUCGGCCGAGCGCGGAGGGUGCAGCUCACCUGAGAAGCACCUGGGGCUCGUGUCGUGCUUCUUCCAGGAAGGCUGGGUGUUGAGUUGGAAUGAAUAUAGUAUUUACCUCCUGGAUACCGUCAACCAGGCUACAAUUGCUGGUUUGGAAGGAUCAGGUGAUAUCGUGUCUGUUUCCUGCACAGAAAAUGAAAUAUUUUUCUUAAAGGGAGACAGGAACAUUAUACGAAUUUCAAGCAGGCCUGAAGGACUAGCAUCAAUCGUAAAACCAGCUUCUUUACCAGUGUGGGACGGUCUGGAGACAUCGGCAUGCACAGAGCAAGUCCACGGGCCACAUGCGGAGAAGCUGCCAGCGGCCACGCCUUCCGAGACGAGGCUGCGGGGCUCUUCGGUGGCCAGCUCCAUGGCCAGCCAGCCCAGGAGCAGGAGCAGCUCACUCAACUCCACGGACAGUGGCUCUGGGCCACAGGCAGCCCCCGAGCUGGGCAGGGGCGGCCCACUCACCUCAAAGAGGUUCAGCGUGAUCAGCUCGGAGGACUUCGACCAGGAGCUCGUGGUGAAGCCUCUCAGAGUGAAAAAGAAGAAAAGGACGAGGAAGACAGUAGAAGGUGGGAGCAGCACCGCGGGGCCCAGCUCACUUGAGUCGACCCCCGGCCAUGAGUGUCCUGGGGACAGCCCCCAGUCUGUGAGUACGGACCUGCCGUCUGCAGCCUCCAGCUUGGGCAGCGUCGUGGACCAGUUCAGCACAGGGUCUCCUGACCAGGAGAGCAGUCUCAGCGGGGAGGCCGGCGGUGUGCUGCCGGAGUAUAGCGACCCCGAGGCUUUCAGUGUCCUGGAGGUGCCCCUGCCCGCCCCCGACCUGCUGAAUGGAGGAGCCGAGGGGAGAACUGAAAGUCCCCUGGGCGACGGCGAGGGCGAGACAGAGCCCCCCGGUGGGGCGGGGAGCUCCUCCUGGUGUCCGACAGAGCGCGCAGAGGACACUGAGGACAUCGUGGAGCUUGAGGGGGAGCCUUGUCCUGCGGACAGUGGGCUGGGCAGCGCGGCAGAGGCCCGGGGGGAUGGGGCUGUGCAGCCUGAUGGCCCCCCAGGCGCUUUCUCAGAAGCCUGCCUCUUGGACUUGGCGCCGGAGCCUUCCCGCCUCAGCUGGGCCCCCAGUGCAGAGCAGCGCCUUCUGGGGGCCACGGCUGACGAAGGCAGGGCUGAGGAGCCCCCCGAAGAGCAGGGCUUCCUGAUGCACAUGGGAGCCCCCCGCCACCUCAGCCCGAGUCCCCGGUGCGCUGCUCCUGACGCUGACACGGGCCAGACAGCGGUCGUCGCUUCCGAGCAUGACCUGGGAGGAGGAGGACGACCACCUCCCUUGGCCUCGGCCUCGGCCGCCAGCGCCCAGGAGCAGCCCCCACGGGACCAGGUGCUGACAUCCAGUGAUGAGGAGGACAUCUACGGCCACGGGCUGCCCUCUUCGUCCUCGGAGACGAGCGUGACAGAGCUGGGAGGGGGCCGCUCCCUGCAGGACCUGAGGCAGCUGGGCACGGACGACCCUGGGCUGCUCAAGGCCGAUCAGUUUGCAGAAAGCUGGAUGGGCUACUCCGGGCCCGGCCACGGCAUCCUCAGCUUGGCAGUCUCCGAGAAGUACCUCUGGUGCCUGGACUACAAAGGCAGCCUGUUCUGCAGUGCAUUGCCGGGCGCUGGGCUGCGCUGGCAGAAGUUCGAAGAUGCCGUCCAGCAGGUGGCAGUCUCGCCCUCAGGCGCCCUUCUCUGGAAGAUUGAACAGAAGUCUAACCGAGCCUUUGCGUGCGGAAAAGUGACCAUCAAGGGGAAACGCCACUGGUACGAAGCUCUGCCCCAGGCGGUGUUUGUGGCCCUGAGCGACGACACGGCCUGGAUCAUCAGGACCAACGGGGACCUGUACCUGCAGACAGGUCUCAGCGUGGAUCGCCCCUGCGCUAGAGCCGUGAAGGUCGACUGUCCGUUCCCGCUGUCCCAGGUCACUGCCCGCAACAGUGUGGUGUGGGCGCUUACGGAGCAGCGAGCCCUCCUGUACCGGGAGGGAGUGAGCAGCUUCUGCCCCGAGGGGGAGCUCUGGAAGUGCGACAUCGUCAGUGAGCGGCAGGCUUUGGAGCCCGUCUGUAUAACCCUCGGGGACCAGCAGAGCCUGUGGGCCCUGGACAUCCGAGGAAACCUGUGGUUCCGGACUGGCAUCGUUUCCAAGAAGCCCCAAGGAGACGACGACCACUGGUGGCAAGUGAGCGUCACGGACUACGUGGUGUUCGACCAGUGCAGCCUGUUCCAGACCGUCAUCCGUGCCACGCACUCGGUGGCCACGGCGGCCCAGGUACCCGUGGAGAAGGUGGCGGACAGGCUCCGCACGGCGUUCUGGUCCCAGCAGCUGCAGUGCCAGCCAAGCCUGCUGGGCGUCAACAACAGUGGUGUCUGGAUCUCCUCGGGCAAGAACGAAUUCCAUGUCGCUCGAGGGAGUCUCAUCGGCACUUACUGGAAUCAUGUUGUUCCCCGGGGAACUGCCUCUGCCACGAAGUGGGCCUUCGUGUUGGCAUCCACUGCCCCCACCAAGGAAGGAAGCUCGCUGUGGCUGUGCCAGAGCAGUAAGGACCUGUGCCGUGUGAGUGCCCAGCACGCCCAGUGCCGCCCGUCCACCGUGCAGCUGCCCCCCGACGCUGAGAUGAGGGCCUACGCCGCCUGCCAAGACGCCCUGUGGGCGCUGGACAGCCUCGGCCAGGUGUUCAUCCGGACUCUGUCCGCCAGCUGCCCCACGGGCAUGCACUGGGCCCGGCUGGACCUCUCCCAGCUAGGAGCCGUGAAACUGACAAGCCUGGCCUGUGGAAACCAGCACGUCUGGGCCUGCGACUCCAGGGGUGGCGUUUACUUCCGCGUUGGCACCCAGCCACUGAACCCCAGUCUGAUGCUUCCGGCCUGGAUAGCGAUUGAGCCGCCUGUCCAGCCUGCCGGGGUCACCUUGGUCAGCGUCCACUGCAGCCCUGAUGACCAGAUGCUGUGGGCCCUGGACAGCAGGUGGAACGUGCAUGUCCGAGCUGGGAUCACCGAGGAGAUGCCAGUGGGGACCGACUGGGAGCACGUGCCAGGGCUGCAGGCCUGCCAGCUGGCCCUGAGCACCAGGACCGUGUGGGCCCGGUGCCCCAACGGGGACCUCGCCCGCCGGUAUGGCAUCACCGACAAGAACCCUGCCGGGGACUACUGGAAGAAGAUCCCUGGGAACGUGACGUGUGUCACAGUGACCUCGUCAGACGAGCUGUGGGCAGUGGGCCCGCCCGGCUACCUCCUCCAGCGGCUGACGAGGACGUUCAGCCACUCGCACGGGGCCCAGGGCAGCCACGCCGCCACCCCCCACCCCGAGGACCUGGAGGACGAGUGGGAGGUCAUCUGAAGGGGCUCCCAGGAGGGCGGACGCCAGGCCCCGAGUGGGGACACAGUCGGCUUCGGAGUCACCCGCCCCAGACACGCCUCGCCAGCCCCCGUCAGACACGUCUAGCCAGGUCGGACGGCCCACUCUUGCUUUCAUCCAUGUUCGUCUGCGUCUCGUCCCGGAACCCACAGCCUCGGCCGAGAGUCCAGCCAUCGCCGCAGCAGCAGGGCCUCUGGGCUCCCCGGUGGGGCCGGCAGCUGCUGCGGUCGCGUGUGCUAGUUCCCCGCCGUGCGCCGCAGCCACCGCCUCAGCACAGCGGCCGCGAGCCCGGGUCAGCGCUGCCCUCUCCCGAGCGCACUCCCGCCGGGGCCCCGCCUCCAUCACGGGCCCUCCCCUCCUCUGAGACGCGGGUCCCGGCACACGUUCCCUGCGGACCCGCUGGAUGGGAAGCCAGCUGUGCCAGGAUGGGGGCACAUGCACACACGCACGCGCACACACACACACACACACACCCCGCCUUGGGCCCUGGCCCUCCCUGGCAGACACAGCUCAGCCGGAACAAUAAAGGCCGGUGGGCGAACGGAACUGACACUGCCGUGUGCGCGUGAAUCCCAGGCGGCGGGGCGGCAGUGCGGCCUGAGCCCCGCUGUGACGCAGGAACGUCUCAGUGACAGCCCGCGCUGCUGGGGCAUCGCAGAACCCGGGCACCCUCAGAGGUGAACCCCCUAGUGAUUGCCUUUUGUUUGUUGUAUUACAAACCUACAUGAGAUACCUCAUCUGAAGUCCGAUCUUACACGUUUGAAAUGUAUUUUCUGGACCCAGUGGAAGGCCUCGCCUCUUUACGUGGUCUGUCCUGAGCCCGCGCUGUCCGCUGCGUGUCCUCCCCGGGCAGGGCAGCCUCCGUCAGCGGGCCUCCACCUCGGGAGGGUAGAUGCCUUCACAGGGCCGCAGCUGGUGCCUGUGUGGUCCGUUGCUGCGUGUGGCCACGUCAGACUUCAGUCCGGGGCCUCGGCCCGCGGGGCCCACUCGCGUCGCCCGGCUCUGAGCCGCAGCCAGCGCCGCCCGGGCAGGACUCCGCUGAGCUGCUUUUUUUAGCCUGCCCUUGGCGCGGGACCCUGUUACUCGAUGCCUGUUUUCUACUAGGCAACUGUGUCCGAGAGCCCGUGGGCCACAGGUGAAACGCGGGAAGUAGCACUCUGUGACAGGACCCAGCCAGGAGGACGAGAAGUCGCAAUGCCCGCCUGCACCUCGCACCUCACCCGGCCAGCGCUGCACGCGUGCCGACAGCGGAGGCCCCUGUCCCGCGCCCGCUGUGCCUUGCCCGGCCCCUCUCCCGCUAGGCUCUGCUGAACCCGCGGGACUUCAGGGCAGUGAGCCCCCGUCUGGUUUAGUACUUUCGCUUCAGUGCUUUGUACGAAUUUCCUUUCUGGUUUUUCAGUUGUGCUUUGAGACAGUGCAAUAAACUCGACCUCUCCCCGCCCAGUCCAGUCUGACGUCUGAAGGGGAGAAGCUGCCUUGAGUGGCACUCGUGCAGGCUGUCCCCACCGGUGCCACCGGAACUCUGCUGCUGGUGUUCCCGGCCCAGCUCCCCGCCAGGAGGGUGUGCCCGGGGGCGGUCCUGGGGGAAUGUCACUCCAGAGGUGCCCCUGGGGGCAAGACCACGGGCCUGAAUCUCCACCCACGAUCCAAAACCAGAUACCAGAAGUGCCCUGGUGGAAACCAGCAGGUGGAGAAAGAUCAUGUUCAUGACACAGCAGGACGGCCAGCCGCGUGCCAGCAAAUGACCUGAAUGAGACACGCCAGACUCGGGCAAGAGCUGGCUGGGCCUUGCGUGAGACUCCGAGAGCGCGUGGCCAGCGUUCCGGGGAAGGCCACGGACAGCAGGCAGAGAUGCCAGUCCUCUCCAAGGCACUUACGGCGUUCUCUCCCUCUGUCAGACUCCCCACUGGGAUUCUUUCUGUUGGGGGAGGCAGGGAAGACUCCAUAAAAUAACGUUUGUGCCCACAGACUUGCCCCGAGGGUCUCCCAGCUCACUGGAGCUCCGGUGAGACCCGGCCAGGGAAAGUAAGUUGCUCGAGGCAGCACAGCGUGCUGGGAUUGGACCCAGCUCCGGGGGCUCCAGGCCUGUGCUGGGAAGAAACAGGUGAGCGGUGCCGAGUGAUGACGGGCCGUGGGUGGGUGGGCAGUGACAUCGGGCGGCCCAGCAAGGACCAUGGGGAGUUAGCCAGAUGGAGGGGGGAGACUGCGAGCUGGCGUGGACCUCAGCCUGACUGCUCCGGUGAAGCAGAUACCAAGUGGACGAAAGACCUUAAAACCAGGGGACAAAGGACAGUAGCUGACUUCUGGAUGGCAAGCGCUUUGUAAACCCCAAAGUGGUGGGGAAAGUCAGAGGAAAAUAGUAUAUUAUUUCAAUUAAUUUCUUCAAAUUAUAACAAUCUUAUACUUUUAAAAAACCCAUAAAACUAAAAGGGGAAACAAUUGCAGCAAGACAGAGGAACAGCUGAGACGCACCUGUAAACAGGCGAAAGGGCACCGCCUUCUGACCCCCCAGGGUGCACGUGGAGCUGGCAGCAGCCUUCCGGCCCUCACACCCUGAAAUCCCUACUUCUAGAAACCUGUCCUCAAGAACAAACCCUAAGUCAGGCAUACCCCAGCAGCAUCCGCAGUAAUUGUGAAACACUAAAAACAGCUGACCAACAGCAGCUGACCUUUGGGAACAUUCCUCUUGUGAAACAGCAUGCAGCUGUUAAAACCAUGUGCCCUGGAGGAAAUCUGUGCCGAGCAGCCUCUCAGGCCGUUCACUGUAUCAUCGCUAAAUCUCUGGGGCGUGGUAAGGAGAAUGUGGCUUUGUAGGACUUCCUACACAGGAAGAUAACACACGUUCGCGUUGCUGUCUUCUGCCUUCUGGUGGGUUUGAAACCUUUCAUAGUAGUUCCAGGGCACACAGGAGGGGCAGACACUACACACGCAGCUGGCCUUGGUGGCUGGUGGUCACCUGUAGUGUGUACCUUUUUGUAUCUUUCGAAUUUGAGCCAUGUAAAUGUAUUAUUUAUUCCAAAAAUAAAAUUUACAUUUUAAAGACUCAGUCCUCUCUAACGUCAACUCCUUAUCAUACCAAUACUAGAUGAAUUAAAUAAUCACAAAAUAAACACCAGAGGCUGUUUUACACAAUGUUUUACAACAUAUGGAAAUGCUUAUU